AUCACUAUCGUCGAUUCGGCACGAGAAAAACGAAAUGAUUGUGUUUAUAAAUAAAAAUAAUGAUAACAAUAUUAUAAUGACAACAAUAAUAGUAUUGCGUGCACCCGUGUGCUGGCGUACCUAUACAUGGGAUCAAAAGAGCCAACAAUGUACCUGUACUCGAUAGAGGCAGGCAUAUACCUAUAAUAAUAUCUGCAGCGGUCCCUCUCUCCCGGCCAUUUGACGAAGGUCAAAAUGCAUUGGCAUGCAUUGCCACCGCGACGUGUGACCGCAGUUCGAAAUUUCGUCGUCAACACCGGAUUCAGUCGGUCGGCUAAAGGUUCAAUGAAAACUCCUCCGACAUUCGCCGUUCGCUCCGAUCCACAUUAUCGCUGCAAUAGUCGUAUCGUUGCCGCCGCGUCCGAAUUUCACGUCGCCAGCACACUAUACCCACAACAGCAGGAAACGCUCCAUCGCAAUUGAUCCGACGACUCUCCGCAGCACGUGUGCCGCCGCUGUGUCCGUCAGUCCGCGAUAGCCACAUCGCGAUAUAUAAUCGAUAUUAUCGAGAUAGGUGUUAAAUGUUUUUAUCGUAAUAUAUUAUUUUCGAUACGAAUAUAAUAUUAUCAUAAAUAUCGCGCGCAUAAUAAUAUGACAUCACGACGGUUGUAAUAAUCGCUCGACGAGAUUUUCGUUUUCGUUUCCGCCGCCUGCAAUCUUUCUCUUCGAUCGGAUUUUUUUCCCGCGAUUUUCUCGCACUUUUAAUCCGUCGAACUGUCGUUGUUUCACUUUCGACACGAAUUCAUCGCCCGUAAUACGCGACGUCAUUGCCGGAUACCGAUUACCGGUACCGCGGUGUAAUAAUAUCAAUACAAUUACAGAUUAUUAUUAUAAUAUAGUAUAACGACGGUGCUUGCUCACGUAAUAAGCAGCUGGUCCAUCCGUCGUCGCCGACGGCGGUCGUGUGUCCGCAUAACCUACCAAUCGCCGACCGGAAGUCCGACCGAUCGCGUUUGUCCGACUCGGCGAAAAAUCGUACGACACAGUGUCGGGUACACUCACCUGUUGUACACGCUGAACGAAAAAGAAAAUCGUCAGCGCCGACCGCUGUCCUUCUGAAAAUUGGAUUCGCGCCGUCUGACGUUUGCGCGCGCAAAUGAAAUGCAACAAAUUAUAUUUGGAAACGCUAGGUACGGUCUAUGCGGCUUUGGUCUACUCAUCAUUUCGUACGCACUAUUUUUCUUCAACCCGGUGGAAAUCAUCAAAUCAGCGAAGUUGAAAUUUGUCGAAGGAUCGUACGCGUUUCAGCUGUGGCAAAAACCUCCGGUUAAAGUUUACGUCAACGUGUACAUAUUUAACGUGACCAACGCCGAUAGAUUUUUGGCGGGUGAAGACGAAAAAUUAGAUGUCAAAGAAGUAGGCCCGUAUGUUUAUUGGGAGGAGUUGGAAAACACGAACACAACGUUUCAGAGCAAUGACACUGUAACGUACAUCCCGAGGAGGAAACUACACUUCGAUCUCAAUUUGUCCGUCGGAGAUCCCGAGGUGGAUCACAUCGUCGUUCCUAACAUCCCCUUAUUGGGAUUCAGUUCGAUGCUCCGGAGUUCGCCGAUGUUCGUAAAUGUCGUGUUUAAUUCGUUGGUCGAAUAUCAGGAUUCACAGCCGAUACUCGACCUGUCGGUAAAAGAAUUCCUGUGGGGAUACGACGACAAGUUAGUGAAGAUGGCUAGCAGUGUGCUGCCCACGUGGAUCAACUUUUCCAAAUUUGGGCUACUCGAUCGGAUGUUAGACGAAGGAACCAAUGUUGUCACAAUGACUGUGCCAUCGGAACGACAAACAAGACGUCCCUAUACAAUAGAUAAUUUUAAUGGAUCACCGAUCUUACACCAAUGGGCCAAUACAGAUGAACCUAAUGAGUUGAAUAAAUGUUCAUUGAAUGCAUCAUCGGAAGGAUUACUGUUCCCCAGACACUUGACCAAAGACAUGAAUUUUCCAAUUUACCGAAAAGCCUUUUGUAGGACAUUGCCGUUGACUUAUAGCUCUACCAGCGAUAUGCCCAUUGGGUACCCCUCUGUUUAUUUAUACAAAUUCUUGCCAGAAGUCUUUAAUUCUUCUCUAGACGAUAAUAAAUGUUAUUGCCCGCAAGAAGGGUGCUUGCCGGCUGGACUUUCAGACAUAUCGCCGUGCUACUACAAUAUACCGGUGGCAGUGUCGUUUCCACAUUUUUACGGCGGCGAUCCGGCGUUGGUGGACAAUGUCAAUGGAAUUGCUCCCAACAUGGAAAAACAUCAAUCGGUAGUUGCCGUACAACCGGAUCUUGGUAUACCCUUGGCCGUGGACAUCAAAAUCCAGUUGAACCUGAUCAUAAAGGCCACGAGGUACGUGAGCCGCGCCAAGAAGUUCAACGGAUUGACGUUGCCGAUAUGUUGGUUGCACUUGGAAGUGAAGAGCCUGCCGAGCUCGUUGAACGCGCUGCUCUACCUGUGCUUCAACGUCGGACCGGUGCUGGUCAAGGCGGUGGUCGCGCUCACAGCCUCAGUUGGAUUUUUCCUCGUCGGCCUGUCCAUCAAGCGGUUCGGCCGAGGUCAGCAGAAACAACCGCAUCUGGUCAACGGGUCGGCGGCCGGUGACCACGAGAGCGGUCGUGGUAGAGGCUGUGAAGACGACGACAACGACGACGACAGCGGUCGCGGUGACGACUACGAAGACGACGGUGGUGGCGCGGAGUCGGGUGGGCUGAUCGUCAAGCGUGGGCUCGUCGCCGGACGGUACUGCGACAAGUCGUACUUGCCGUUGCACCACGUCACCAUUCCGGGGUCGUCGUCGGUCGUCGUCGAUUACGACCACUCGCAGGACUAUGCGAGAGGACGAUGACGAUGAGACGAUAGUAAUACUACCUACCUAUUUAUAUAUUAUUAUAAAAUAUUUUGUUAUUAUUAUAAUAUCGUCAUCAUCGUUAUUAUUGCCUUCAUACACCUAUUAUAUAAUUAUUGUAUACACGCCGAUGUUGCGUGAUUUAAACGUUAUUUAUUCAUUAUUAUUGUCAUAUACCAUAUUAUAUUAUACCAUGUACACGCCACGGGUGCCAGGCUAGGUUAGGUUAGGUUACCUAGCCUAACCUAACCUAUAACCUAUACUAUAUAUAUAUAUAUAUUAUGUGUUUAUGGAGAUUGAUCUGGCAGUGGAGCGUAGGUACAUAUAACAUAUCGUUCCCGCGAUUAAAUUGUAUCGAGCACUUGUGCCCACCAUAUAUUUUAUAUCUACAUAGUACACACUUCGGUUAGUUCGAUUUUGUACUCCGUCAGUGAGGAAAUCACUGUAAAUCUGGAAUAAUGGUAGAAAAAAUUAUGCAUGGGUAGGCUAUGUGGAUGGGUGUGUGGCCGCAUGGGUGGAGAUAGACGUUUAUCCGUAAUAUAUUUGAAAAUCUUCUGUCCCGGCCAUUUUGGGUGGACCGUGUGUUGUGGAAGGUAUGGUCAAAAGCACAUAAUUGUAUGCAAUAUAUACGCGUAGGGAUUCAUGUAUUGGGAAUUUUUUUGAACUUGUCUACGUCACAUUAUCAUGAAAUUUAUAUGAUUUAAUUUGUAAGACGUCAUAAUUUCAGUGGUUUCACACAUAGAAUCAUGUCUGGCAUUAUAUAUCAGUUAUUGUUUUUUUUCACUUUAUUUCCGAUGAAAAUGUUUGCCUUAAUUAACAUUCCCCCAGUAUAACGUAUGUUGUAUUCUUCUACUUAUGUUUCGACUACACUUCUACUCAUUUUACCGCCUACCUAUACGAUUGAAGUAGGACUAAGAUAGAAAAAGUCAAUAACACCGCAAUUAUUAUUAAUACACCCUACACAAGUGAAUAUAAUACGUGGUUUAAUGAGACAUCGAGUGCAAAAGCCGUAACACAAUGUAACAUUAUAUACGCGACCCUUACGUUAGAUACCAUCAAUACAUAUUAUCGAAGAAUUUUAACUCGUUCCCAAGUCCAAGCCCUGACCGUCUACCACGCGGUCCGACGUAUCAAUAUCUUUAUCAUCAGCGAAAUUAAUUUCCUCGUUCACAUAAACUCAAACCCGUCGUACAUGAAAACGCCCUCCAUUCUGUUCGGGUCGGUCGUGCCAGGGCAAAAGCGGCGAAAUCGUUAUGUGCCGUGAAAAAAAUUCGGUAGAGCAGUGUUGUAGUGCAUCAUAACAAUAUAAUACACCGGUAGGUAGGUGGGUACUGCUCCUGAUACGCCCAGAUUUCGACAUCAGAUUUUAUGACCCUACGUAUGAUAUAUAUAUCGCAAGUUCCCCGAGGAGAUAACGAUUAAAGGGGGCGCGGAAAUAACCUGCGCUGACACUGCCGUGACGUCGCCCCUAAUAUAUAUAUAUAUAUAUAUGUUAUAUAUAUGCGUUAUUUUUUUUUUUUUGAACUUCUUUGACGAUCGAAUCCACCCGAAAAUGCUGAAAUAAUCCGUUUCUGGGGACAAUAUACACAAUAUAAAUUCAACGGAAUCACCACCUCCAACGCUUACGAUAUAUAUAUAUAUAAUAUAUGAACGAUAGAAGUCACACUCGUCAAAAAAAAAAAAAAAAACUGUUAAUACACAUUAUAUUAAUGUUAAAUAUUAUACCUACUACUUACUUAGUUGAAGAACGUUUUCACGCGAAGGAUUUAUCGAAAACCUUUGGAACAUCGCCUCCAUACAUAUAAUACGCUGUCGCCGUACUAUAAAUGGUGGAAAAAAUAUUACGUUUCACUCGCUUGCCUUAUUGCACUCGUGAUUGUUACUAUUGUUUAAGAUGUGUACCUACUUAUCAUAAAUCGAAAUACAUUUUUGUGGCAACUGCAGUGAUAAAAAAAAAAAAAAAACGUGCAGUGUAUUUAAGUUGUACGAAAUAUUUGUUAUGAAUAUAUAUAUAAUUAGUUGUUUUGUAUAUAAAAAAAUAUGUUUUAUUUGUAUAUAUAUAUUGUAUCAUAUAUUUUGAUUAUAUUCAUUAAAAAUAAAAACAAUUGAAAUAAUUAUGCUGAUUAAGCAAUAAUAAAAGUUGACAUAUAUUUUAUUUUUUUUUAUAUAAAUUGUAACACCUUUGUACAAUUAAUAUACAAUUGUAA